AUGCUCAAACCCGCCCACAGCAAAGCAUUGUCUUGCCUCACGAUUCUAUGUGCCGGUCUCUUCGCAUGGAUGACCGCAUGUUUGAUCACAGGCACCGCCUACCCCGUCAUGGUAGUCUCCUCGGAAUCAAUGGAGCCCACCUUCUAUCGAGGGGAUCUCAUCUUGCUGUGGAACCGACGACAUACGCUUCGAGCUGGUGACAUCCCCGUAGUCUGGUUUGAUGGUUACCCACGGCCAAUGGUUCAUCGAGCGAUCAAGGUCUUUGAUGAAGAAAUUAAUGAGGGGCCGUUGACUCGUACCAGGCAACUCAUUCUCACUCAAGGGGACAACAACGCUGUUGAUGACACUUCUCUUUACCCCCGAGGACAGUCCUUUGUCUACCGUGAAAAUGUCAUAGGGCUCGUUUAUGGGCACGUCCCUUAUGUUGGAACGAUGAGUCUGGGGCUUAAGGACAUUGCGGGUCCGUCAUUCCUGUCAAUAGUGGCCGCUGGGCUGAUUGUCUAUGGUUUGAUAGCAUGA